AACAACGCAAACGAAGAAAUCUAUAUGAAGGCUUACAAUAUCAUCGAGAAGUACUUCUCUGAUGAGGAGGAUGCUGGUGGUGAUAUGAACGAGCUCGCCCCUCAACAAGGACAAGAUGGAUCUUUUGGCUUCGGCGCCCAGCAGCAAACUCAGCAGCUGAACUUUGCCAACGGUGGUGAGUCCAUGGACAUGUGAUGCGGCACAAAUGAAGGUCGAAGACAUCCCUUACAAUGGGGAUAUCAUUGGCAUAUUACGCGUACAUGUUGCCGUAUACAUACCUGUCUCAAGCGAAGUCGGGUCUGUCUUGGUACGUGUCUUUCAGAAGAGCUGAGAAGCCGUACACACCUUACCGCCGCCAUGCCCUCUUUCGCCUCAUAAUCCCCAAAUCUCGCAGCUUCACGAACGGACCAAAACGAGAGAAAUUCCUUGGACCAUUUUUGGUCAUGAGCAAUUACGAGCAUCGAAGAUUCACCAUCAUGUAUAUCCCCUUGAGCUUUUCACAACUCCAUCAUCAUAUCCCUGGACGACUUGGUAGUCUCUACCACACGGUGUUAAUUCGUUCGAAGCUCUGUAGCUAUGGUCAACAUGGAGGGCAUGUCGAUAGAAUAACGACAAAUGAAAUACCCUAUAUAAAACGCGUGCCCACUUACCGCGGACUUGGUGUGCUGUAUGUUUCAUCUGAAGUUCCUCGAAACGUACCUAAAUAUGUGGCUACCGUAUGCACCAAAUUGCCUUAGUGUCGUUGACGUGCACGUGGGCUUGAAACCAAGUCGAGUUUGGGAUAGCGCCAAUCGGUUUCGAGGGCAACGGAACUCAUAACAUUGCAGAAUCGCGAUGAUGUACAGCUAAACGCGCGUUAUAGCUUGAGGUACCACCGCACCGAAUCUCCCAUUCAACAUCACUACCAUAUCUGUUUUCUCCGC